ACAACCCUUUUUGUUGCACUAAAUGCCACAUAAUAUCACAUCUUGUAGCUGGAGGAUUUGUUGUAAUUUUGCACGGAAGUUUAUUUUGGCAAUUUCACGCGCAGGUUCGAUUGCAAGCUGUUCAUUUCCUCCUCCUGAUACCAUUUCAAAGGUGAGAGGCAAAGUUUUUUUUUUUUUUUUUUUUUAACAAGGGAUGCUGGUGGCGUGAAUGGGCUGAUCCACUGAUCGCAGGUAUUGUGGCUGGAGGAGGGAGCAGGGACCGCAGAGAAGUUACCAACUGUUCGGGGCUGUUUUCUUGUUUAAAUUCACUUACUGUGAAUAUCAGUUGAGUCAGCACUGGUGGAAUAUGUGCAUGGUGUAAGAGGUCUGCAGUUUUUAUUUUCGUGAAUACAUCCAUCAGCAGCACCGUGUGCCUCGGUGCGCUUCAGUGACCCACAGUCGUCUCCUCUCUGUCGGAUCAUGUGGAUUAUUUUGGCGUUUAUUCUAGCGACGGCCGGUCCUGAUGGGAGCUGGGGAUGUCAGCUGCCCCACGACUGGAGACCGCAGACAGAAGCGUGCCGUGCCGAGCUGGCGGAGAUCAUAGUAUUUGCCAAGGUGUUAGCGCUGCACAAAGAGUCGUACAGUGUGUACAACUACCUGCCGUGGCAGCACGACACCGACCUGCUCUUCUCCGCCGAGAUCGAGCUGCUGUGCGACCAGGCGUGGGGCAGCAUGCUGGAGGUCCCAGCCGGCUCCAGGUUCAAUGUCACCGGCCUGGGCUACUUCCCCUGCUUUUCCUACAGUGUGACCAAAAACAACAACUACUACUUCUUUCUAAGGAUGGAUGAGAACUACAACAUCGUCCCUCAUGGAGUAAACUUCCAGGACCCCAUCUUCCCUGACACUGUAGAUAACCAUCGCAUGUUUGCCAGCCUUUUCCAGUUUUCCAACUGCACUCCUGGCACUCAGGUCCACAACUUCGCCCCGGAGUGGGAGGCUCAGGAGGACAGCAGGUUGUUAUGCUCCACGGUCCAGAAGGCUCUGUUUGAGGAGGAGGAGAGGGUGAGGACUCUCUCCCAGAAGGUGCGCACCCUCGAGAAAGCCAACGGCCACCUGAGGGAAAAGGUGAAGACCAUGAAACGUCAGCUGCGCCAGGCCCAACGCGAGAACACGAAGGAGCAACAGACCCUCAACCUCAAACAGCUCUACGACUCAAAGAUGCCCCAGACUCACCCGAAUCAGGACACCACCCACGACCAGAAGAACCCUCCGCUCAAAAAGGUCCUUUCCAAGAAGUUAAAAAAGUAGACACUUUUUUUUCCUAUUGUUGUAUGUAAACCAAGUUUUGCUCUCUGUGAACCAUCAGUGACAGAACAGAGUGAAAGGAUACUGAGUGAAAAGCUGGGGGGAGGUGACAGCAACAGCAGCAAGUAGUUAAAAAAUUACUAAUUGUAAGAAACUUCACCUAAACAAACCUGGUUUAGUUUUAUUUCCUGGUAACACUGACCUGUGACACUGAGACUGUCAGCUACAAAGAGACCAUUCAUGACCAUUUACAUCCUUAUCCAUACACUUCAAUAAACUGUGUGCGUGCAUGCGUGUGUGUGUGUGUGUGUGUGCGUGUGUGUGUGUGUGUGGAGAGGGGUAUUCACUUGACCUGUUUUGUGUCCCCAGACAAACUAAAGCAAAGGAUUAACUGCCUCUGAGAUAAAGGAUUUAAAUGGUUUCACAGGAGAAAGAGAUCUUUAUCUAAAUCUCCUUAACUCGUAUUUCGCCCCAUUAGUCCAAUAUAAUCAUUACUGAAUAACUGUUGCUGUUACCUGUCUUAACCCCUGGGUUUUAUCUGUGUCAUUUAGUUUAAUUCAGUGGCAGGACAAUCAUUUUCCAGACAUUAUACAUAAUUCAUAACUCAAAGCUGGCAAAUGCACUGUUAGAACAAUAUGUGGACAAUGUUAAAGCAGUGGAAAUCUCUUUUGAUAAAUUGUUUGUUUUUUUCUGUGCUGGACACAUUAUGCAUUGUAGAAAUAUUAGAAUUACAUUUCUUAUUUCAGAAAUAUUAUCAUUAAAAUGCUUUAGAUCCAACCUACAUAUGUGUAGAAAUUUGUUUCAUCUUUCAGUCUGAACAGCACAGGAUGGAGUUUAUCAUUUAAAGUUUCCACUCUGGAGAUGAGUCACGAUCAGACUGGGGAUCAAAAGUUAAAGGGACACAAAUAACCAGUUCUUACAUAACUGCAUUGAGUGUAAUAAAGUAGAGUGGACAAGUAGUGAGCGUUCAGAAUCUGUGUAUGUGAGUGUAUAGUUACAGAGGAGCAGCUGUGUCAGUUUAAAAGCUGUAAGACCUACUGUUACAUCAUCAUUCUUCUCUACCUUUGCCUGCUUCUCAUUUACUUGUUUGAUCUAUUUAUUCCCAAAGAAAUUAUCCCAAAGUGUAGUGAUUCUUUAACGUCAGUGAAUUAUUUCCCCAAGAGUGCAUUUUUUUCAAGUUCUCCUUUAUGCAAGUCCGUUCAUACAAACUGAAUGACAGAAAGUGUAAUUUUUGUAUUUGAAAACAGGGUGCUGAGCACUCAUUAAGUACAGCCAGUGAGCCUGGCUCUGUACAGGAUUGGCUUUUUCUGUGUCAGAAAUGAGAGUUUGCUUCAUUAUACUUUCUAUAUUUACUUUUGUUAUUAUUUUUGCUUCUCCAAACUAUAAACAUCUGGUUUGCUUUGCCAAUAGCAUAAUCAUUUGUGUAACAGUUAUCAUAGUUUUUUUUAAUAAAUAAAUGAUGUUUUACAAAACUUCCUAUGCA